UGGAGAUGGACUCCUUUCUCUACCCCCAUCUCCCCGCCCGCGUCGCCCGCGUCCACCUCGCCCUCUUCGACCAUGUCUCCAACGCUGCGCACAUCAGAGAGCGCAUCGUCCGCGCAAGUCAGCUGGAGGGCCCCGAAGGUGACCGCGAGCGCGAGGCCGUCAACUUCGCGUUCAUCGACGCCCGUCUGAUUACCAGCAUGCUGCAUCUGCAGACUGCGAUCUACCAAGCCAUCCUGGCUGAGGUCCAAGGUGCUCUCCGCACGAAGACUGUACACUCCGAGAUCCUCUGGGCACUCAGUCCCAACAACAAUAUCACUGAAGCUAUCAGGCGUUUCGGAGUCUCGGACAACACCACCGCCCUCAUCGUUGUCCGCGUAGGCCCCUCUGGGGUAACGGACAUCGAGGAUCGCACGAAAGCGGUCGUUACAGGCGACCUCCUCCCUCUCUCGGACCUCACUAAGCUCACUGACUGGGCAACUGUCAGGAAGUACUACAAGCUGAAUGCCGACCCUGCGCUGAAGGCACCAGGCAUGACCCCUGCACAGCAGCAACUGGCUGCGGACGAGAUCGUCGUGAGCACGGUGGCCAUGAAGAGCGUAGCUACCUAAAUACCGUACCGUGGGCUGUCUUCGUGGGUGAAUUGUAGGAUGUACGCAGCUUUGUAGCAAUAGCCCAACCCCCAAUGUAGAAUAUCCCUAUGCAUGGCCUUCGACAAUACUAAGAUUUCAAGAUGUAA